AUGCUGGGCGCGCGUGUGCAGCUGAAGGGGUGGCAAAAGGCGGCUGUUGCAUUUGGUUCUGCGUUUGGGGCCUUGCUUGACCCAAGGAGGGCUGAUCUUAUAGCUGCUCUUGGAGAGACUACUGGGAAGCCAGCGUUUGAGCGUGUGCUGCAACGAAUGAAGAACAGUGCAGAAGGCAGGGUUUCCCAUGCCUGGGACAUGCCUCAGAACACAUUUGGUGCGGCAUACGCUCAGUUCAUGGGAUCAAGGAACUUCUCACCAGAUGAUCGCCCGCCUGUCCGUUUCAUGGACACUGAGGAGCUCGCCUACGUCGCAACGCGUGCUCGUGAGGUGCAUGACUUUUGGCACGUGCUGUUUGGCCUUCCAACAAACCUGAUUGGGGAGACUGCCCUCAAGGUGAUAGAAUUUGAACAGAUGUUCCUCCCAAUGUGCAUGCUGUCAGUUGUCGGGGGCUCUGCAAGGUUCAGUGAGAAACAAAGGACGCUGUUUUUCCAGCAUUACUUCCCAUGGGCAACAAAAGCUGGUCUCAAGUGUACUGAUCUGAUGUCUGUAUAUUACGAGAAGCACUUUCAUGAAGACCUGGAGGAAGUGAGAAGAAACUGGGGAAUUCUACCAUGCCUUAGUCCCAAAAAGAGCAGUGUAUAG